UCUUUCACAACACUCCAGAGGAGAAUAAAUAGCAGAAUAAAGUGAAGCUGCAGCCCUUAGAACUCUGCAAACUCUCCUUGGUCGACUUAGCCAUGAGGAAUACAUUGUCUGCCCUCUGCCUGUGUCUGAUGGUGGUCUGGCUUCAAGCUGCUGAACAGCCUCAUCCCCACCGGGACCUUGGCCAUGGAAGCCACAGAGAUUGGCCUCCCCAGGAUAGUCAGGACCCAAAAGAAGCCCUACCAUACCACCAGGUGGCCACCAGCAAUGGUAACUUUGCCUUCCGCCUGUACAAGCAACUGAUUUCAGAAAGGCCAGACAAAAAUGUCUUCCUCUCUCCACUGAGCAUCUCCACCACUCUGGCCAUGCUGUCUCUGGGGGCCCGUUCGGCCACCCUGACUCAAAUGCUGGAGGGUCUCCAUUUCAACCUCACCCAGAUCUCAGAGAGGGAGAUCCACGACGGCUUCCAGCACAUCAUCCGCACGCUCAACCUGCACAACCAGAACCUCGAAACACACCUUGGAAAUUCUCUCUUUCUGGACGAACGACUGACGCCCAAGGAGGCGUUCCUGGAAGGCAUCAAGGAGCUGUAUGCUACCGAGGCUUUCAAGACCGACUUCCAGGAUGCAGUCGGAGCAGAGAAGCAGAUCAAUGAUCAUGUGAGGAAAGAAACCCACGGAAAGAUCGUCGACUUGGUCCGAGAGCUCGACAGAAACUCUGUGAUGGUGCUAGUGAAUUAUAUUUAUUUCAAAGCUAAGUGGCAGAAGCCUUUUGAUGCCAAACAAACAGCAGAAGAAGACUUUUUCGUGAACGAGAAGACCGUCGUUAGUGUCCCUAUGAUGAAACAGAAAGAUGUGUAUCACUACUAUUUCUAUGAUAAGUGGUUAUCUUGUUCUGUGCUGAGAAUGGAUUACAAAGGAAACGCCACAGCAUUUUUUAUUCUUCCCGACGUAGGGAAGAUGAGGGAGGUGGAGAACUCUUUGCAGCCAGGGAUGCUGAUGAGAUGGGACAGAUUCUUCAAACGAAGUUCCUAUUUUUACAGAAAGCUUGAAUUACAUUUUCCCAAGUUUUCCAUUUCUGGACAAAUCAAACUAGAAAAGAUCCUUCCAGAGCUGGGCCUCCAGGACUUGUUCACCGAGGAGGCUGACUUCUCCGGCAUCACCGAGCAGAGCAGGCUGAGGGUUUCCAAAGGUGUCCACAAAGCCGUGCUGGAUAUCGGAGAGGAGGGCACCGAGGCAUCAGCGGCCACCAGUUUGGGGACCGUAUUCCUUUCAGCCCCUAAAAUAACUCAGCCUGUUCGGUUCAACCGGCCUUUCCUGGUGGUGAUCCUUUCUACAGAAACCCAAAGCCUCCUCUUUCUGGGGAAGGUCAUAAACCCCAAAGACCAGUAAUGUGCCCGAGGAACUCUGUGGCACACAGUGGAUUGGCCAGAGAUGUUGAUUCAAAGAUUUUCAGUAGCUUUAUCCCUGGGGGUUGGUGGCAGGCUAGCAGGGUGGGGAAGAAAGGAGAGGAGGAGGGAGAUAGCAGGGGGAGCUCCAUGCUGCUGGAAGAGCAGCAGAAGAUGAAGGAGCAGGCCUCGGUUGCUUGCUUUUCCUCCUCACCUCUGGUUUCCCCACAUUCACAGUAGCGUAUGAUGUGGUGGGAUCAGGGUGCGUCUAGACCCAUUCACUUCCCUAGGGACCCAAAGCCAUCCGAGCGACUCCACUUCGUGACACAGAGCCAUGCCAGCCUCUGACUUGGCCUGGAGAUCACGGGGGAGCCUCUUACCUGCUCUAAGCCUCAGUCCAAGGAAAAUGAAGAUCUUUGGUGCGCUUGGGAAUCAAUGGGAGAAAAGACCAAUUGAUUGCUGUCUUGGGGAGGCCCUUUCCUUGGAUAAAAUGCUCGCUAGCCUUAAGAAUUCAGUGAUCGCGGAGGGCUUUCAUGAGUGAUGCAAUAAAUUACCAUGAUGGAAUAAAAGCAAGUCAUCAUUGAAGGUGA